GAAUCUAUCUUAGAUCAUGCUAGGAUCUCCCAUACCUAUCAAUAUGCCAAAAAAGCUAUUCAAAAAGACACCAUCAAAGACUGACAUUGAUCCUAUCAAAAUGCAAAAAAAGCUAUUCAAAAAGACACUAUCAAAGACUGACAUUGAUUAUAGAAUGGCAAUUCCAAUGGAUAGCCUCUCCGCUUUCCAAAUACCAGAAGGAGAAAAGUCGAAAGAAGUUGUUGCCGUCGACAUCGAUGGUCAUCGAUGGAGUUUCAAGUGUACCACGAGAAGUAAAGAUCCCCACCCCAAACCAGUCCUCUCUUCAGGCUGGAUUAGGUUUGUCAAAAACAGAGGUCUCAAGGAAGGCGAUGAAGUCAUCUUUUCUGUGGCGCACAAUGAUGGAGCUGAGGGUCUGCAAUUCGGAAUUGAAGCACGGAAAAAACUGACCAAGUUAUUCGGUCAAGAUAUUUGGAGCAAUCCUCUUUGAAGAGCAAGAAGAAGCUACGUACUGAUCCAGGCAUGUAAAAUAGGUGCAUCUUCCAUCUUGAUUCUAGUAUCAGCUGGUGUUUCUGAGGGUAGUGUUCUUACGCUGUAGUCUUGUUCCUGCUCUCUCUUUUCUCUCGGCGGGGAGGGUUUUGGCCGGCCGAGGAUCUCAGAGGAGUUUAAUAUCCUAGCUGUACAAGUAUUCAAAGUCAUUUCUGCAUAUUUCCUCUUCUGUAUGGCACUAGCUAUGAUCCUGAAUAUGUCUUGGCUAGAUCUUGUAAUCAUGGGAGUGAAAGAGUGAACGCUCGGAAGCUCACCAUGCCCAUGGUUUUGGCCUGUAAUUAAGCGAAACGUUUCAAACUUUUUCUUGGAUUGCAAAUUAAUCUUAUUUUUCUUCAUAAGUUCCAUAAA